AUGGCGAGCAGGCUGCCGCUCCUCCCGCUGCUCCUCCCGCUGCUCCUGGUCCUGUGCAUCGGCACCUCUGUAAGUCUGAGGAUCAAGAACAAGUUGUUGGGGAAGUGCCUGCAGGGAGAGUCCGAUGGGAGAGUGUCACUUGGGGACUGCAGUCUCCAUGAGGCCUCUCAGCUGUGGCGCUGGCUUCAGGAGAACCAUGCUCUGCAGAGUCAGUUCUCUGCUCUGUGUCUCACUGCAGCCAGCCAGCUCUAUGAGGGCGUCCAGCUCCUGCCCUGUGUGAUCUCUGUGCCAUCUGAAGAGUACGAGGAAGAAGUAAUGAGGAGACAGUCCUGGUCCUGCUCCAAAAAAGGCCUCCUUACUUUGACUGGGAAAGGGCUGCAUCUCAGUGGCAAUCCGGAAUCAUCUUUGGUUUUUACUUCCAGAGAACACAAACAAGGCAGCAGGUGGAAAGCCAUGGAUAACCAGACAUUAUGUGAGGAGAGAGUGAGCAAAACAUUUAUUCUGUAUCCUGGAAAACCAGUCGAACCUGACAUACUUGCAGUGGAUGGACAAACACCGUUAUAUGAAGGUUUAAGAAAAGAUUCUGAGACCACAGAGUCAUAUGCCAUCAAUAAUGUGUCUCUUCCAUUAAUAAACACUAAAUCUGCAGACCCCACAAUGGUAUUCUUCAAUAUGGACUACGGUAUGGGCUGGAAGAUUACAAUGCUUGUAUUAAGCUCCUUGGCUUUGGUCUUGGGAACUAUUAUCCUGAUCCUUAAUGUGUACUCAAACAGAAGGAAAAAGGUGGUGUGUGUUUUGAAGUCAUAUUCACCAAGGCAGGAAAUGAGAGUCCCUGGGUCCCCAAUACCCAGUGAGAGAGCCCCCCUGACCGAACAUGCCAUGCGUCUGCCCCAGUCCAGCCCUACUCUGCAGAGAGGAGAAAUCCUGAUCGAAUGGAAGGACGGCACCGUCACUCCUCUGUAUGAGGCCUGA